UUCUUUCUUUUUUUCCCCACCUUUUAGAUUCGUUUUCUUAUGGUUAAGUUUCCCUUCAUCCAUGCAAAAACCUGAGGUUUGCAAAAUUCCAAGCUCCGGCCAGCCAUCUAGGCUAAUUAAAUUUCUAAUCGAUGUCAUCUAAUUCUUCAUCAUCCUCAACAACUCUAUCUAUUGGCUCUCCUCUAAUAAGCCUACUUGUAACCGUAAUUCUUAUUGUGGUCUUUUUUAUAGGUUUCUUCUCUAUAUGCUUUUACAGAUGUUUUAUGGAAGGCAUCAUGCACAAUUGGCAUCUCAGGCAGAAUUCACGUGGACUUGUAAACCUGGCCAGUUCGAAAGAAAAUCCUGGACUUGAUUCUUCACAAAUACAAUUUUUUCCUACAUUUACGUAUUCAAACGUCAAAGAUUAUCGACGUGAACAAUAUGUACUUGAAUGUGCUAUUUGCCUGGCAGAGUUUUCUUAUGAUGAUCUACUGCGCCUUUUAACGGUUUGCUACCAUGUUUUCCACCAAGAAUGUAUUGAUCUUUGGCUUGAAGCUCACAAGACUUGUCCGGUUUGUCGUAGAGAUCUUGACUUGCCCAAGGAAACAUUGGAAAAAACUCGGAUACGAGACCACAGAGCGGACAUUAAUGUGCAUGAUGCUAAUGUAACAAAUGCGUUGCUAGAGCAUGCCAUUAGCAUUCAUAUUAGAGAAGAUAGUGGCGAGGAAGGUGGAGAAGGAAAUGACGAAGUAGGAUCGACUCAUGAUGCGGACAGACAAAACGAGGAGCAUAAAAAAAUGUUGGGAUUGUCAAGGUCACACUCGACAGGGCACUCGAUAGUUGCAACUAGAGAAGAAGAGAAUAGAUAUACUUUGCGAUUGAUGGAACAUGUGAAGGUAAAAAUUACUAGGGGACAUUGUGCAACAGGAAGUUGUAUUACAUUUGGGGACUACUAAAGCUUUAUGAAUGAUGGCUAUGGAGAGUUCUCAUGGUGAUCCCAUGCAGGGGUGGA